UGUGCGAUACUAGGGGAGCUGGGGUGCAUCUGCAUCAGGAAACAAAACGGGGCGGAGAACAAAGGCAGCAGGGGAGGGGCGGCGGGGGGCACUCAGGAGGCAGUGAGGUGCCUCAUUCCUUACUCAGCUCCUGGUCUUCAGUCUCCCCAUUCCUUUGUCUCCGCGUUCCCACAUGCACUGAUGUUCUUUCCUCCCCUCUUCCUUCCUGGUCACAGUACCCCCCACAUUGACCCGGAGGACCCCCUCCCACCCCCAGCCCCACCUCCUCCCUGUAGCUUCGGCUUCCCCAGUCCUGGCCUCCCAGCUCCUCCCCUGCCUCGGCCUUAAAACCCCGCCUGCAGCCUGAGCCAGCAGAGUCCCCAAGUAGCACCUGCAGUGUGUGCACUGCACAGUGUGAACCUGCGCCAGCCUGAAGGUGGGUCGGAAGGGUCUGUGCAAGCUGGGUCAGAGGGGUGGUGGCUGGAUGUGACUGCAGGGGGGCAGGAGCAGCAGCAGCCACCUGGCAUCUGACAGGCAACCGGCCUCUGAGGGGACACUCGCCUCUUAGCUAAGCAGGACCGCGAGGCUGAUUUGUGUUUGUCGAGGGUCAGAGACACACCUGUGAGGGGCACGGAGCAAGGAGGUGCCUUUCAAGAGCCCACAGAUGUGAGGACUGUCCAGGCCUGAGAACGCCAACUUCCCCUUCUGCUGGGCGCCAAGACCCUCACCCAGUGUCUGCCCCACCCCUCCGAGUCAACCAGGCUGCCAACGGUUGAGAAGACCUAACCGAGGGCACAGAUGGCUUCAACUGGUCUUGAACUACUGGGCAUGACCCUGGCCGUGCUGGGUUGGCUGGGGACCCUGGUGUCCUGUGCCCUGCCCCUGUGGAAGGUGACUGCAUUCAUCGGCAACAGCAUCGUGGUGGCCCAGGUGGUGUGGGAGGGGCUGUGGAUGUCCUGCGUGGUGCAGAGCACGGGCCAGAUGCAGUGCAAGGUGUACGACUCGCUGCUGGCACUGCCCCAGGACCUGCAGGCAGCCCGCGCCCUCUGUGUCAUUGCCCUUCUGCUGGCCUUGCUCGGGCUGCUGGUGGCCAUCACGGGGGCCCAGUGCACUACCUGCGUGGAGGACGAAGCUGCUAAGGCCCGCAUCGUGCUCACCGGCGGUGUCAUGCUUCUUCUCUCGGGCAUCUUGGUGCUCAUCCCCGUCUGCUGGACGGCCCACGCCAUCAUCCAGGACUUCUACAACCCCUUGGUGGCCGAGGCCCUCAAGCGGGAGCUGGGGGCCUCCCUCUACCUGGGCUGGGCAGCAGCUGCCCUGCUCAUGCUGGGCGGGGGCCUCCUCUGCUGCACAUGCCCCCCGCCCCAGAUCGACCGCCCCCGCGGACCGAGGCUGGGCUACUCCAUCCCCUCUCGCUCCGGCGCGUCUGGGCUGGACAAGAGGGACUACGUGUGAGGUGGAGGGUGUCCCCAGAAGACUUGACCUUAUGCUGACACCCUGCUUAACCCUUGCCUUCUACUGUCAACCCCUCCCCAGGUGAAAUCCACUUUCCAGAAGCUCCAGUCAGGUCUGGCUGCACCCACACCCACCUCAUGGCCUGCCCCCACCUCUACUCAGGCAGGGCCUGAGCUGAUGGGGGACCCUGGCCUGCCUCCGCCUCGCCUGACAAGUUGCUUCCUUCUGCUGUCUAGGACACAGGCUGGCCCUCCUCUUCCUCUCUGAGCCCUCCCCUACUCUAGGAACCUGGACCUCACCCAAAGGGCAGUAGCUCCUUGGCUCCAAAAUGAGUGGAUCAUGCUCUCCCUGCUCUGGAGUUGGUCUCUGCCAGCCUAGCCACCACCUACAUCCAGAGGCCCGGGCCAGGCCCUCUGGGAGCAGCCAGUCUCCCUCAGGCCAG